UGUCUGGAAAGCAGAGCUGGUACUUGUUGAUAACAGUGGUGUAAAGUGUUAACCAACCUUUCUUUCUCUCUUUCCUAAAGCUUAUACAAGGAGGUCAGAAACCUGCUGCGUGCUAGAGGGAGACUCAUUGGGGACAACACAACUCCCCUCUUUGCAGCACCCUAUAAGACUAAUAACAGAGAUGACUUGUCAAACAAAAUUCAGAACGUGCUGGGCAAUUAUGAGGAUGUCAUGGGGUUCAUCAACUCCAAAAAACAGCGGAAUUUCCUAGGGCUUCAGAGAGUUCUUCUUCCGGCCUCACAUGCAGCACCUCAUGUUCCACACUCCUUUGACAAAAAUACCUUUGGAAAGAGCUCAGAUUCGAAGGUGAACGCCAGAGCCCAACGAUCCAAAUCAGAAAUCCCUUCUGGGCCCAUAAAGCGAACCUUGCACUGUGAUGCCCAAACCGUUAAUGAAAUUUUGAAGGAAAUGACCCAACCAUGGCUACCUCUUCUGACAGAUAUUCCUGCUUCUCCUACUGCAGAGCCUUCCAAAUUUCCAUUCCCAACAAAGAGGAAAGCAGUGGACGAAGAGACGAAUAGGAAGAAAUUGAAAUUGGAGAAAGAACAAAAAUCCCUGAAGUCUUCACCUAAGAAAGACUCCAAGAAAUUGAAGUGA